GGGCGGGCGGGGGCGGGCACGGGGCCGGUCCUGCCUCCCCGGCCGCCGGCUGACGCCGCAGUCGGAGCCCCGGACGCGCGGGCGCAGGGACUCGGGGCCGCCGGCGGCGACAGCUUCCAGGCGAGCGGAGGACCUCGGCGCCGCGGGCUCUGCGGCCACCGCUCCGGGCACCGCUCCAGGCACCGCUCCGGCCGCGGACGGACGAACCUUUGUGAUUCUCUUCUUCAGGAGCCCCCACCCUUGUUUGCUGAAGGCUUUCACCAAAGCUGCUGUCAGCUGUCGGCAUCAUCCUGAGAAGAAGACAGCUUCAAAAAGCAGGAACCGUCAGGAAACCCUUGGCUCAGCAGAUCUUCCAAAGAGCAAUACUGAGAAGAUAUUUGGUUUUAAGGAUUAAAAAGAAGAACAGCGUGUUCAGACCUUCAAAGUUUCCUGCAUGAAAAUUAUUUAGACACUGCACACAAGUCUUUUGUGAAAGAAGAAAAGGAAAUUCAGCUUGUGGGUCUCAGCAGGAGUUAAGCUAAUGCAGCUGAAAAUAAUGCCGAAAAAGAAGCGCUUAUCUGCAGGCAGAGUGCCCCUGAUUCUCUUCCUGUGCCAGAUGAUUAGUGCACUGGAUGUGCCUCUUGAUUCAAAACUUCUUGAAGACUUGGUACAACCUCCAACCAUCACUCAACAGUCUCCAAAAGAUUACAUUAUUGACCCUCGAGAGAACAUUGUGAUCCAGUGCGAGGCCAAAGGAAAACCUCCUCCCAGCUUCUCCUGGACCCGAAAUGGGACUCAUUUUGACAUCGAUAAAGACCCUCUCGUCACUAUGAAGGCUGGCUCAGGAACCCUCGUCAUUAACAUUCUGAGCGAAGGGAAGGCGGAGACCUACGAAGGCGUCUAUCAGUGCACAGCCAGGAACGAACGUGGAGCUGCCAUUUCCAAUAACAUUGUUGUUCGUCCAUCCAGGUCACCGUUGUGGACCAAAGAAAAACUUGAACCAAUAACACUUCGAAGUGGCCAGUCUUUGGUACUUCCCUGCAGACCUCCAAUCGGUUUACCACCAGCUAUAAUAUUCUGGAUGGAUAAUUCCUUUCAAAGACUUCCACAAAGUGAGAGGGUUUCCCAGGGUCUGAAUGGAGACCUUUAUUUUUCCAACGUUCUCCCAGAGGAUUCCCGCGAAGACUAUAUCUGUUACGCCAGAUUUAACCACACUCAAACCAUACAGCAGAAGCAGCCUAUUUCUGUGAAGGUGAUUUCAGUGGAUGAAUUGAAUGACACUAUAGCAGCUAAUUUGAGUGACACUGAGGUUUAUGGUGCUAAAUCAAGUAGAGAGAGGCCACCAACAUUUUUAACUCCAGAAGGCAAUGCAAGUAACAAAGAGGAAUUAAGAGGAAAUGUUCUUUCGUUAGAAUGUAUUGCAGAAGGACUGCCCACACCAAUUAUUUACUGGAUAAAAGAAGAUGGAACACUACCCACCAACCGGACAUUUUAUAGGAACUUUCAGAAAACUCUGCAGAUCACCCAGGUUUCAGAAGCAGACUCGGGGAAGUACCAGUGUAUCGCCAAAAAUGCGUUAGGGGUCAUCCAUCACACCAUCUCUGUCACAGUAAAAGCGGCUCCAUACUGGAUCAUGGCACCUCAAAAUCUUGUGCUGUCCCCAGGAGAGGACGGGGCCCUGAACUGCAGAGCUAACGGCAACCCCAAACCCAAAAUUAGCUGGUUAUCGAAUGGAGUCCCAAUAGAAAUUGCCCCUGAUGACCCCAGCAGAAAAAUAAAUGGAGAUACCAUUAUGUUUUCAAGUGUUCAAGAGCGAUCCAGUGCCGUGUACCAGUGCAAUGCCUCUAAUGAAUAUGGAUAUUUACUGGGAAAUGCAUUUGUAAAUGUGCUGGCUGAGCCCCCACGCAUCCUUACAUCUACAAACACACUCUAUCAGGUCAUCGCAAACAGGCCCGCUCUACUAGACUGUGCCUUCUUUGGGUCUCCUCUGCCUUCCAUUGAGUGGUUCAAAGGAACUAAAGGUAGUGCUCUUCAUGAAGACCCUUAUGUUUUUCAUGAAAAUGGAACUUUGGAAAUUCCUGUAGCCCAAAAGGACAGCACAGGAACGUAUACAUGUGUUGCAAAGAAUAAGUUAGGAAUGGCAAAGAAUGAAGUUCACUUAGAAAUCAAAGAUCCAACGAGGAUCAUUAAACAGCCUGAGUAUGCGGUUGUGCAAAGAGGGAGCACAGUGUCCUUCGAAUGCAAAGUGAAACACGAUCAUACCUUGAUCCCUACUGUCACCUGGCUGAAGGACCACGGUGAGCUGCCCAGUGAUGGAAGGUUCACUAUUGACAAGGACCAUUUGGUGGUAGCUGAUGUAAGUGACGAUGAUGGUGGGACCUACACGUGUGUGGCCAACACAACUCUGGACAACGUUUCUGCCAGUGCUGUGCUUAGCGUUGUCGCUCCUACUCCAACUCCAGCUCCCAUUUACGAUGUCCCAAAUCCUCCCUUUGACUUAGAAUUGACAGAUCAACUCGACAAAAGUGUUCAGCUGUCAUGGACCCCAGGCGAUGACAACAACAGCCCUAUUACAAAAUUCAUCAUUGAAUAUGAAAAUGCAAUGCAUGAGGCGGGGCUGUGGCACCACCAAGCGGAAGUUCCAGGGACGCAGACCAGAGCCCAGCUGAAGCUGUCUCCGUAUGUGAACUACUCCUUCCGGGUGAUGGCAGAGAACAGUCUGGGCAGGAGCUCGCCCAGCGAGGCGUCUGAGCAGUAUUUGACCAAAGCUGCAGAACCAGAUAAAAAUCCCAUGAUGGUGGAAGGACUGGGAUCAGAGCCCGAUAAUUUGGUGAUUACCUGGCAGCCCUUGAAUGGUUUUGAAUCUAAUGGGCCAGGCCUUCAGUACAAAGUGAGCUGGCGCCAGAAAGAUGGUGACGAUGAAUGGACUUCUGUGAUUGUGGCAAAUGUAUCCAAAUAUAUUGUCUCGGGCACACCAACCUUUGUUCCAUACCUGAUCAAAGUCCAGGCUCUGAAUGAUGUGGGGUUUGCUCCAGAGCCAGCGGUAGUGAUGGGACAUUCUGGAGAAGACCUCCCCAUGGUGGCUCCUGGGAAUGUGCAUGUGACCGUGGUGAACAGUACCUUAGCUGAGGUGCACUGGGACCCAGUGCCUCUGAAAAGUGUCCGCGGACACCUGCAAGGCUAUCGGAUUUACUACUGGACGGACCAGAAUUCGUCAAAGAGAAACAGACGCCACAUUGAGAAAAAGAUCCUCACUUUCCAGGGCAGCAAGACCCACGGCAUGCUGCCGGGGCUGGAGCCCUUCAGCCACUACACGCUGAACGUCCGCGUGGUCAAUGGGAAAGGGGAGGGCCCGGCCAGCCCUGACAGAGUGUUUCAUACGCCGGAAGGAGUUCCCAGUGCCCCGUCCUCCUUGAAGAUUGUUAACCCAACACUAGACUCUCUCACUUUGGAAUGGGAUCCACCAAGCCACCCGAAUGGCAUUUUGACUGAGUACACCUUAAAAUAUCAGCCAAUUAACAGCACCCAUGAAUUAGGCCCACUGGUAGAUUUGAAAAUUCCUGCCAACAAGACACGUUGGACUCUAAAAAAUUUAAAUUUCAGCACUCGGUAUAAGUUUUAUUUCUAUGCACAAACAUCAGCAGGAUCAGGAAGUCAAAUAACAGAGGAAGCAGUAACAACAGUGGAUGAAGGUAAGAUGGCUGGUAUUCUUCCACCUGAUGUAGGUGCAGGCAAAGCAGUAAAUCCCAGGAUGAGCAAACUUACUGUCGCAGCUGCUGAGACCUAUGCCAAUAUCAGUUGGGAAUAUGAGGGACCAGAGCAUGUCAACUUUUAUGUUGAAUAUGGUGUAGCCGGCAGCAAAGAAGAAUGGAGGAAAGAAAUUGUAAAUGGUUCUCGGAGCUUCUUUGGGUUAAAGGGUCUAAUGCCAGGAACAGCAUACAAAGUCCGAGUUGGUGCUGAGGGGGACUCUGGUUUUGUGAGUUCAGAGGAUGUGUUUGAGACAGGCCCAGCAAUGGCAAGCCGGCAGGUGGACAUCGCGACGCAAGGCUGGUUCAUUGGUCUCAUGUGCGCUGUUGCUCUCCUGAUCUUAAUUUUGUUGAUUGUUUGCUUCAUCAGACGAAACAAGGGUGGCAAAUAUCCAGUUAAAGAAAAGGAAGACGCCCACGCUGAUCCCGAAAUCCAGCCCAUGAAGGAAGACGACGGUACGUUUGGAGAAUACAGUGAUGCAGAAGACCACAAGCCUUUGAAAAAGGGCAGCCGAACACCGUCAGACAGGACUGUGAAGAAAGAAGACAGUGAUGACAGCCUUGUGGACUAUGGAGAGGGAGUGAAUGGCCAGUUCAACGAGGAUGGCUCCUUCAUUGGGCAGUACAGCGGUAAGAAAGAGAAAGAGCCAGCUGAAGGCAACGAGAGCUCAGAGGCACCGUCUCCGGUCAACGCCAUGAAUUCCUUUGUUUGACUUGUAAGCUCUUUGCCAAUAUUCCCUUCCUCUUAGAGGGUUUAUCUCAAGCACUUGUCAGUCAGCCUUCUCAUACUGUGAACAUAGAGGCAGAACGUAUGUAUUCUACCGUAUGUUAGCACUAUGAGAAGAGUUAGGGCAAGAACACAACUCAGUCAAAUGAUACGUGAAUGUGAACUGCAGUGCAAAGGGCAUACUUUUUUCAUUCAAAAUAGGCAUUCUUGAUUUUCCUCAGAACUGAGAAAAAUAACCCACAGACCAUGUGAUUUCCUCUUCAGGAUACAGCUCAAUAGGAUGCAUGAAAAAAUGCUGCACAGCUCAAGGACAGACCUGUGUGUGCUAUUAAGACAUGGUUUGAUACUUUGUUUAUACUCUUCUCAGCUGAACCCCCUAAAUAGGAACAACGUUUUCCAUUGUCAAGUGUGUUACUGUAGUAUUCUCUAGAACUUCAAUGUCUUUGUGGGCAUUGUUGUGAAAUUGGUGACUCUGUGUCUAGCUGUUAGUCUUUUGGGGAGACCGUUAGGAGCAGUACGUACAGUAUAUACUUGCUAAAUGAGUUAACCACGACCGUGGCAUUUGCUGAUGCUUACUGAGACUCUGUUCUCUGCUCUUUGCUCUUGUUACCUCGUAGCCUUCUUAACCUUCCAGGUAUUACAGCAGUGCAGUGUUCCACUUGCUACACCACCUCUCUGUUCAGUUGUUUUUAGGCAUCAGCAAGGUGUAUUGCAAUGCAUUCUGGCAUUUGUGCCAUACAGAAAGAACCACAGACACAUCACUCCCAUUCGAUUCCAAAACGUAUUCCAGAAAGCACAGGGCGGGACACAGGCAGUGCCUUCAGACAAGCAUUCCGUAACACCCCGCCUUCUGCAUCGAAGGCACAGCGGACUCAGAGUCCUACACUACUGACAUGGUCUAAAAGUAACUUCUACACAGCAGAAAUCAUGAAAACUUGCCGUGCUGGAAGAAAAAAAAAAAAAAAAGGAAAUGUGGAAAUAAAAGGGAUAAGACCACUUAUUUUAAGGAGCAUUUCCCCAUAUGCAUAAAAAGAGAAACAUUAUCACUGAUUGGAUCACAUGAUGAUUUUGGGGGGGGCGGGGGUCUUUUAUAAUUUCUAGUAAAACAAAUCCCCUUCAGUAAGAAAGGUGUCAACUUGGUGUAAAAAUUUAAAAACCACAAGGUAUUUCAAAACUAAAAGCAUACAACAGCAUGCCACCAGGAGUAUAUUAUUAAGUCUUUACCUAUGUGGCAACAUUUUAAACUCUCUGCAUUAAAAGACCUGUAUGCAAAUUGCUAUGGACACAUUUCAGAAUCUAAAAAAAAGCCGGUAAGUGCUAACAAGGCCCCAGAGUCAAGCGGAUUACUAUCUGCAGCUUCAAAACACCCAUAUAUAUUUAUAUAUAUAUGCUACCAUAUUUAUAAACAACAUCUAUCAAAUGGUUUAACUCCACAUAGGAUAUUCUAUAACAACCUAUGGUUGAAGGAAUGCUCAGUUUCAUUUGCCAAUAAAUUGGUUUCUCAUAACUUGCAUCAAGUUUAAUUUUAAGUAAAGCUUUUUAUAUGUAGAUAUUUUGUUGAAUUUGUACAUACACUUAAAAUGUAGAUGCUCUAUGCUUAUCGGUGUCACAUACAAAUAAACAUGCAAACAGUGUUUAUGUUGUACUGACUACGAAGUUAGCUCAUUAAUACAGUGCAUGGGACUGGAAAGCAUUUCCAUACCUUCGGAUUUUUAUUUUUCCUCUUUUGCUGUGAAACUGAACUAGCGAACUAUCCUACACAUGGACAGCAAGUUUCUAGAUGGACUCUUCCGAGCUUGGCCUGUGGGGCUCCGUAACCUAGUCACGUGGCAUCUUUGAUACGUGUGGGUAAAGCACAGCUUGAAGCAAUCCCAGGCGAAGAUGGCCCUGAAUACUUGUGUGUCUCCUUCUCUCAUUCUCACAGAUCAGUCUUUCGAAUGGAACCAGGCUCGUCUUGGUAUCAGAGAGCACAAAGAUAAAUGUUACUUUACACUUGCCAGUGUUUGCAGGGGAAGCAAUAAAAGUACAGGUUUUACUCUUCCGUAACGGUAGAUUGCUAAAUUUAUCUGUGCAUGAAGGGGUCUGUAAUAGUGCAACAGAUUCUGUAAUAGUGCAACAGAUUUUGUAUUAAAAGGUAAAUGUGGUUUUAAAAGUCCCUCUCUUUUGUAAUAUGUCAUGUUCCUAGUGGCGUGUGAGUGUCCGAUGGUAUAUGUAACGGUACAAACAGGUACGACUGGAUUUUCAUCAAAAAGUAACUAUUAAAACAGUUUUGAUCUCUU